AUGCGCACGGUGACAAACUACUUCAUCGUGAAUCUGUCCUUUGCUGAUAUCUUGGUGACCAUCAUCUGUCUGCCUGCCAGCCUCGUGGUGGACAUCACAGAGACAUGGUUCUUUGGGAAGACGCUCUGCAAAAUCGUGCCUUAUCUCCAGACCAUUUCGGUGUCGGUGUCGGUGCUGACCUUGAGCAGCAUCGCCCAUGACCGUUGGUACGUCAUUUGCCACCCUCUGAUGUUCAAGAGCACGGCGCAGAGAGCUCGGAAGAACAUCGUGCUGAUCUGGCUGGUGUCCUGCGUCAUCAUGAUUCCUCAAGCCAUAGUGAUGGAGUGCAGCAGCCUGGUGCCCGAGCUCACCAACAAGACCAGUCUGUUCACUGUGUGUGACGAGCACUGGGGAGCGGAUAUCUACCCAAAAGUCUACCACACCUGCUUCUUCAUUGUGACGUACUUUGCACCACUGUGUCUGAUGGUGCUGGCUUAUAUUCAGAUCUGUCACAAACUCUGGUGCCAACAGAUUCCCGGGACCACGUCGGUGCUGCACAGGAAGUUCAAAACAUUCCAGUGCUCUUCUCCGAGCGCAGCAUCUGGCGAGAGCGCACGAGUGCGAAGCAGCACCGUGUGCGCCGAGAUCAAGCAGGUGCGCGCCAGGCGCAAGACCGCCCGCAUGCUCAUGGUGGUGCUGUUUGUGUUUGCCCUGUGCUACCUGCCCAUCAGCCUGCUCAACAUCAUGAAGAGGGUUUUUGGUACAUUUAAGAACUCUAACGACCGGGAGACGGUGUAUGCCUGGUUCACCUUCUCUCACUGGCUCAUUUAUGCCAACAGCGCCGCAAAUCCCAUCAUCUACAAUUUCCUCAGUGGAAAAUUCCGUGAAGAGUUCAAAGCAGCUUUUACUUGCCACUGGUGUGGACAAGGCCAAACUCAGGCACAGAAUAUUCGGACAAGAACCAGCACAGACAGCAGAAAGUCCCUGUCCACACAAGUCCACAACAUGGACAGUGUGUCACGCAUUUCUGACCACAUAGUCUAG